AUGGACCUCCAGGUGGUCCAGAUCAGGAAAAGAUCAGAGGUCAUAGUCGAAGAGAACAAGACUGUAAUAUCUGAGCUCCAGACGGUGAAAAACAAUUUAUUUGACCUGAAUGAACGACACCUGGAUCUCCAAAUGCGCACAGUGCGGGAUAACCUUAUCUUUGACGGAAUCCCAGAAGCUCAAGAAGAAGAUAUAGAGGCAGUUUUGAAAGAAUUUAUCCACACUGUAAUGGGAAUCGAGGAGGGAAUCCAGUUCCACAGAGUACACAGACUUGGAAGGAAAAUUCCAAAUAAACACCGCCCAAUUAUAGCAAAAUUUGUGUUAUUUAAAGAACGCGAGAGAGUAAGAAGAGAGGCCCCCGCCACGCUAGUAGGAAAACCAUUUGGGGUCAAUGAACAAUAUCCAAAGGCUAUAAACGACCGAAGGAAACUACUCUAUCCGCACUAUAAACAAGCAAAGCGACAAAACAGAAAAGCGGUGAUGGUUGCGGAUAAGCUUUUUGUCGAUAACGUUAGAGUCUAUCGAUCAGACCCACUGCCCGAUGACAGACUGGUACCAAACCGUAACCAUUAUGCGCCUGCCAUCCCCAUGGAAUCGGCACCCUCUUCCAAAUACAGAUCAACUCUACGCCUGAACGUAACGCUGCCCUCCGCCAGCAACCCAGAAUUACGCGUUGCGAACACGAAGACUAGGAUUACCAUAGAGAGCAAAACACCGGAUGUGUAA